AUCCAGGCGACCAUGGCCUUGCUGGGAAAGCGCUGCGACGUCCCCACAAACGGCUGUGGGCCUGACCGCUGGAACUCUGCCAUCGCCCGCAAAGACGAGAUCAUCACCAGCCUCGUGUCUGCCUUAGAUUCCAUGUGCUCAGCGCUCUCCAAGCUGAACGCAGAAGUGGCCUGCGUCGCUGUGCAUGAUGAGAGCGCCUUCGUGGUCGGCACCGAGAAGGGGAGGAUGUUCCUGAACGCACGCAAGGAGCUGCAAUCAGACUUCCUCAGGUUCUGCCGAGGGCCCCCGUGGAAGGAGCCGGAGGCAGAGCACCCCAAGAAGGUGCCUCGGGGUGAGGGUGGCAGCCGGAACAUCCCACGGUCUGCCCUGGAACAUGGCUCGGACGUGUACCUUCUGCGGAAGAUGGUAGAGGAGGUGUUUGAUGUUCUUUAUAGCGAGGCCCUGGGCCGGGCCAGCGUGGUGCCGCUGCCCUACGAGAGGCUGCUCCGGGAGCCGGGGCUGCUGGCUGUGCAGGGGCUGCCCGAGGGCCUGGCCUUCCGGAGGCCGGCCGAGUACGACCCCAAGGCCCUCAUGGCCAUCCUGGAGCACAGCCACCGGAUCCGCUUCAAGCUCAAGAGGCCGCUCGAGGAUGGCGGGCGGGACUCGAAGGCCCUGGUGGAGUUGAAUGGCAUCUCCCUGAUAGCCAAGGGGUCUCGGGACUGUGGCCUGCACGGCCAGGCCCCCAAGGGGCCACCCCAGGACCUGCCCCCAACCGCCACCUCCUCGUCCGUGGCCAGCUUCCUGUACAGCACCGCCCUUGCCAACCGCACCGUGCGGGAGCUCAAGCAGGAGGCACCUGCCUGCCCUCUUGCCUCCAGUGACCUGGGCCUCGGCCGGCCUGGGCCUGAGCCCAAGGCCUCCGCUGCCCAAGACUUCCCAGACUGCUGUGGACAGAAGCCCGCUGGGCCUGGCGGGCCUCUCAUUCAGAACGUGCACGCCUCUAAGCGCAUCCUCUUCUCCAUCGUCCAUGACAAGUCAGAGAAGUGGGACGCCUUCAUAAAAGAAACCGAGGACAUCAAUACGCUCCGGGAGUGUGUGCAGAUCCUGUUUAACAGCAGAUAUGCGGAAGCCCUGGGCCUGGACCACAUGGUCCCCGUCCCCUACAGGAAGAUCGCCUGCGACCCGGAGGCUGUGGAGAUCGUGGGCAUCCCGGACAAGAUCCCCUUCAAGCGCCCCUGCACCUACGGGGUCCCCAAGCUGAAGCGGAUCCUGGAGGAGCGGCACAGCAUCCACUUUGUCAUUAAGAGGAUGUUCGAUGAGCGAAUUUUCACAGGGAACAAGUUUACCAAAGACCCCACAAAGCUGGAGCCAGCCAGCCCGCCCGAGGACAUCUCUGCGGAGGUCUCCCGUGCUGCCGUCCUGGACCUGGCUGGGACUGCUCGGUCGGACAAAAGCAGUCUCUCUGAAGACUGUGGGCCAGGAACCUCUGGGGAGCUGGGUGGGCUGAGACCCAUCAAAAUUGAGCCAGAGGAUCUAGAUAUCAUUCAGGUCACUGUCCCAGACCCUUCCCCAACCUCUGAGGAAAUGACAGACUCGAUGCCUGGACAUGUGCCCUCGGAAGAUUCCGGUUACGGGAUGGAGAUGCUGACUGACAAAGGCCCCAGCGAGGACCCGCGGCCUGAGGAGAGGCCUGUGGAGGACAGUCAUGGUGACGUGAUCCGGCCUCUGCGGAAGCAGGUGGAGCUGCUUUUCAACACGCGAUACGCCAAGGCCAUUGGCAUCUCGGAGCCUGUCAAGGUGCCCUACUCCAAGUUCCUGAUGUACCCAGAGGAGCUGUUUGUGGUGGGGCUGCCUGAAGGCAUCUCCCUCCGCAGGCCCAACUGCUUCGGGAUCGCCAAGCUCCGGAAGAUCCUGGAGGCCAGCAACAGCAUCCAGUUCGUCAUCAAGAGGCCUGAGCUGCUCACCGAAGGAGUCAAAGAGCCCCUCACAGACAGCCAAGGAGCUGCCUGCUCACCCUGGCUUCUCUCCCCCCCGCCCCCAGAGAGGGAUUCCGGGGACCCUCUUGUGGACGAGAGCCUGAAGAGACAGGGCUUUCAAGAAAAUUAUGAUGCCAGACUCUCACGGAUCGACAUUGCCAACACGCUGAGGGAGCAGGUCCAGGAUCUGUUCAAUAAGAAAUACGGGGAAGCCUUGGGCAUCAAGUACCCGGUCCAGGUCCCCUACAAGAGGAUCAAGAGUAACCCCGGCUCGGUGAUCAUCGAGGGGCUGCCUCCCGGGAUCCCUUUCCGAAAGCCCUGCACCUUUGGCUCCCAGAAUCUGGAGAGGAUCCUCGCGGUGGCCGACAAGAUCAAGUUCACCGUCACCAGGCCUUUUCAAGGACUCAUCCCAAAGCCUGAUGAAGAUGAUGCCAACAGACUUGGGGAGAAGGUGAUCCUCCGGGAGCAGGUGAAGGAGCUCUUCAACGAGAAAUACGGUGAGGCCCUGGGCCUGAACCGGCCUGUGCUCGUCCCUUACAAACUGAUUCGGGACAGCCCAGAUGCUGUCGAGGUCACAGGCCUGCCCGAUGACAUCCCUUUCCGGAACCCCAACACAUAUGACAUACACCGGCUGGAGAAGAUCCUGAAGGCCCGGGAGCACGUCCGCAUGGUCAUCAUCAACCAGCUCCAACCUUUUGCAGAAAUCUGCAAUGAUGCCAAGGUGCCAGCCAAAGACAGCAGCAUCUCCAAGCGCAAGAGAAAGCGGGUCUCCGAAGGGAAUUCCAUCUCAUCUUCCUCCUCCUCUAACCCGGAGUCAGUGGCAUCCACCAACCAGAUCUCACUCGUGCAAUGGCCAAUGUACAUGGUGGACUAUGCCGGCCUGAACGUGCAGCUCCCGGGACCUCUGAAUUACUAGACCUCAGUGCUGAAUCAGGACCUCACUCAGAAAGACUAAAGGAAAUGUAAUUUAUGUACAAAGUGUAUAUUCGGAUAUGUAUCGAUGCCUUUUAGUUUUUCCAAUGAUUUUUACACUAUAUUCCUGCCGGCAAGGCCUUUUUAAAUAAGUAAAAAAA